GUUCAUUUCGGAAUGGCUGCCUCUUGCGGGUGGUAAAUUUCCUUGUCGUCGUCGUUUAGUUGCCUCCAAAUAAGAGGCUUUACCAGGAUCUCUCAAAUUUCUGAGGACUCAUCAGCGAGGCCACCAACAAUGGCGGCACCAUUGGUAGCGGCUAUUGUGCCUGGAGGCAGCUGUUGCCAUGCCAACGAUGCCUCACUGUGAACAACAGGAACACCGAGUCUCCCUUCACCUAUGGCCUGCCCUGGUCGGUUGCCUUCUGCACAGCUCACCGCGUGACAUGGACCAACAGGCUUCCCCGGGAAGCCUCGACUUCCGUGAUGCACCCGCUCGGGAAGAACGCCAUGCCAGCGGCCAGGCCCAAGAGAGCAGUACCGAACAACCGCGUCAUUCCGGCCACCCCGUCAUUUUUCAAGUUGACCUCCACCCACCUUCUGGCCAUCAGAACAUCGGAGUAUGGGAAGCAAGGGUGCCGUCAGCCCGACCACCAUCCUCGAGCGUCGAAGAGUGUGGCGCCACCGGAAGUGCUGCAGCUUCGACCUUGUCUGCCGAUUGGCCGUCCACGGAAAGUGCAGGGGCAUUGCCUCUGAGUGUCUACAUGGCUUGCUUGUCUCUCGACUCAUGCCAGGUCUCCAGUCCACGCUGCCGUCUCGAAGCCACGUGUUGCUGCGACUCACACGGUGCCACCGCAAAGUCAUCGCCUUCCGAUGCAGGCAGCCGCCGAGCAUCCGCGUCGGGUCGAACCGACGGUUCGGCAACAAAAGCCUCCAGGUCACGCUGCUCCUUGGAUGAGCCUUCCAACUACACGCUUGUCCUGAAGCCGAAAGCACUGAAGCCUUGUGCUGCGGUAGGAUCCGUCCACUCUGUGCAUUCUGCCCACUCGGCUUGUUCGACUGGGGCUCCAUUCGAAAGGCCCGAAAUUAUCAGCCGUCCGGGGAGCACGCCGUCACAGGUACUCGGCUCGAGUGAAGAGGGCCGCGAGCUGCUGCCUCAGAUGCCCUACAGCAGCCCAAACAGUCCCAUUCCAUUCUCAACAGCGUCGAGGGACACAGACACGCAUGUGAUUAAAGAAGAGAAAUCCUCAUCUUCGUGUAGCAACUGCCGCAGAUCACGUUCCACCACCGUCGAGUCGAAGAAGCACCUUAAGAGCAAGAAGAGAAAAGAAAACUCUCGCGCCGAGAGAUGUUGCUCGGAGGAAAUCGGUACACGCAGCAAUUGUGAUGGCAUUGAAGAGCUGUCCGGGCCCAUCGGAAAAGCGUCCUUGCGGCAUUCGCUGGGCUCUUGCUUGGGUGCUAGAGGUCAGAGUGUGUCACGGCCUGUUGAAAGAGCAUCAUCAUCAAAGAGGCGUUUUUCGUUCACUCUACCCAAUGCGCUGCUGAAUGUUUUCCGCAAGGGAUCUAGUGCCACACCAUCGGUGCGGAACAGUUCGAGCCAGACGGAUCCCUAUCCAGAGGAGGUGGUCCGAUGCAGUGAGAAGGCGACCAGUCCAUAUGCCGUGCGGGCACUGCCUCCACUUCCAGGCAAUGCCACCGUUACACUGUGUGACCACUUUGGCAGGGCCGACGCAGUCAGCUGUGCCUCAGAUGAUUCGGACAGGAAGAGCCUCGACUAUGCAUCAAGCAUCGAGAAAGUUAAAGAUUGUGGUUGGUACUGGGGCCCCAUCAGUGGAGAGACAGCUGAACGGCUGCUAGCACAUGAACCGGAUGGUUCAUUUGUAGUGCGUGACAGCUCUGAUGAGCACUACAUCUUCAGUUUGACUUUCAAGCUCAACGGCUUUGUACGGCAUGUGCGCAUUGAACAUGACCAAGACUUCGUUGUCGUUGCCGCAUCUGCACGCCACUGCACGUCAGGGCCACCUGCCCUAUAG